CAAUAUCUAAAGCCUUUUGGAGGAUGGAGCACAAUAUUCUUACUUCUUUACUCCGAGGGAGCAAAAGUUUCACAAGGUAUCGAGGCCAAAUCGAUGCACGAAGGAUGGGAAAUGAUCGGAGAAUGACAAGCGGUAUCAAUGAAAUCUUCGACAUUGAUGACACCCCUCUCGGAAGAAAGAACCCCCUUGUUUACUUCCAAAAGACAAAACAAGAAAGAGGAUUUGGCGUAAAGACUAAUUGGAUUAUGCACGAGUUCAUCCUGCACGAUCGUUUACUUCCUCCCUCAGACGGUGCAUCAGCGAACAAGGAGGCCAAUGAUAUUGUACUUUGCAGAAUCUAUGAAAAUGGUGAAAAUAAAAGACAAAGGAAGAACGAAAAGAGAGAAAAUGAGGGCAAUGCACAAGGCGAAUUCUACAGUGAUUCAACAUUGGAGCCCUCGAAUCUUGGCAACGAGAAGGCAAUAAUUUCCCUACCAGCUCAUGAAUCCGUUUCCAAUAGCAAUUCGGUGGCUUCAAUCUCUAAUUUUAAUUGGUCUUUUGAAGAAUCGAUCCCCAUUUUAAGUGAAGAAGUUGAGUUCCUACUAAUUAAGCUGGUUAAAUGCCACUACUUAUGAUUCCAAUAUCAACUAACAUUCAAAGUAUUACUGUUCUAUUACUUUCAUAACAAUUGCAAUCUAU